ACUUGAUGUCUAUAUUCCUGACACUUCAAAAUACCCUCAAAUAUUUGAUGCUGCAUUUCAUCCUGUAAUUGUGUUUGUUUAUGGUGGUUCUUGGGGUUCAGGAGAUAAAAUAUGGUACAGCUUAUUAGCUUUGCGUUUAAGACAAAUGGGAUAUGUAGUGGUUGUACCGAAUUAUACUUUAUAUCCUAAGGCAAAAAUUGAUGUUAUGUUGUCUGACAUUAAACGUACGUUGGGUCAUUCUGCAGGCGCUCACCUUGCAUCCCUUGUUACAAUUCGCGAUUCAAUUAUUAAAUCCCAAACUAUGGAAGGAAGAGUAAGCUCAAAUCUAAGUGAUAUUGAUCCGGAAUUAGAACUUCCUAAAAUUACUGGACUUAUUUUGAUGUGUGGUGUAUACGAUAUAGGAAGACAUUAUCUUUGGGAAACUAAACGUGGUGUUGAAGAGAUUUCUCCCAUGGGUCGU